AUGAAUCAGCUGCUUCGUCUUGGCAGCCUGAGGCACCUCACUGGAGCAUCCACUCCUAGGAUAUGUUACUCUACAUUUCCGCUAAUUAAUCGUGUCGGGCAGUAUUCAGCACGUCUGUUUAAAACAAGAUCUAAGUGGCAAUGGGGAUCUACAAAUGCUAAUUAUUCCAGUGACCAUCAGAGUGAUGAUCCUUCCCAAAAUAACCCAUACAAUGUGGACAUUUAUGCAUUAGCUGCGGGUGGUGCUUCAUUUGCCCUCUUGUUAAUUGCGUGGUGGUUAAUUGCUAAUGUACCCCAUAUACCUCAAGUGACUUUCGGAAUGCUUGUAUCCAUGUUGGAAAGAGGUGAAGUUCAAAGGAUACAAAUAACGUCUUCCGGUGAUGUGUACAUUCUCACUUAUCAACAUGGUCAACUGCCUUUGAUUUUGAAGUACUCAGUACCUGUAAAUGAAUUUGUAAAAAAAUUACGAUCCCUAGAGGAUACGUGGGGCAUUGAAGAACAUGACCGUAUCCCAGUCCAGAUGUCUGACUUACCUUUGAACACGUUCAUGCAAAGAUGGAAUACGAAAUUGUGUACUGGUCUUCUAUUUAUAUCUUGUGGAUUGUUCACAUUUUCAACGAGGAGAAUGUUGUCUCAAAAAAAGAACUUCGAAAAAGCAGCGAAUAGUGGUAUUAUGAGGAAGUCUAUAAAUAUCUCAAAGUAUCAUGAUGACCCUAAGCCACCGAAAACAUCGGGCUCAAGUUUUGAUUCUGAAAACGACCGAUUUUCUUUUCGUCCACCCUUCCAGUGGGAUCCUAUUACUGGUUUCAAUACAAUUAAACCUACAACAUCCACCGUAAAAUUUAAGGACGUCGCUGGUCUUCAUGCAUGUAAACAAGAAGUUAUGGAGUUUGUUUCUUAUCUAAAAAAUCCUCAAAAGUAUCAAGCGUUAGGUGCUAAGUUACCAAAGGGGGCACUUCUACUUGGUCCACCGGGAACUGGAAAAACUUUGCUUGUUAAAGCAUUGGCCAAUGAAGCGGAAGUACCUUUCUUUUCAAUGGCUGGACCACAAUUUGUAGAGGUUGUCGGUGGACUUGGUGCUCUUCGAUUACGACAGCUUUUCAAAGUAGCUCGUUCUCAUUCACCAGCUAUAAUAUUCAUAGAUGAGCUCGAUUCCCUUGGUCGACGUCGUGAUUCUGGUGAUCAGAGAGAGGGUGGUGGUGGUGUAUCUGAGAUGGAACAGACGCUGAAUCAACUACUUGUAGAAAUGGAUGGAAUGGAUACAACUGAAGGUGUUAUUGUAUUUGGAGCGACAAAUCGAGCUGACUUGUUAGAUAGAGCUCUGUUACGUGCAGGACGAUUUGACAGACAUAUUUUCAUUAAUUUACCAAAUCUAUCUGAACGUAAAGAAAUAUUUGCUGUAUACCUUGCUAAAUAUCAACUUGCUCCUGAUGUUGUACAAAAUGAACUUGUUGAACGUUUAUCAGCCUGGUGUCCCGGAAUGUCUGGAGCCGAUAUUGCACGUCUAUGCAAUGAAGCUGCUUUGUCUGCUGCUCGAAGAGAUGAUAAAGUUGUUGGUGUUACUAAAGCUGAUUUUGAAGCAGCACUUGAAAGAAUAGUAGCAGGCGCUGCAAAACAUUCAAAUCCACUUACGGUUGCUGAACGCCACAUGUCUGCUGUCCAUGAAUCUGGUAGGGCUCUUGUAGCAUGGCUUCUUUCAGAUAGUGGAGUACUACCUAUAAAAGUCUCAAUUAUACCGCGUACGGUUUCUGGUCCAGAUACUGUUGGAGAUCUGGGUUUUACUCAAUUAAUAUCAGAAGAAAAAUAUUUACUUAAUACUGAUGAUCUAGCUGAUCGUAUGUCUGUAUUACUGGGUGGUAGAGCGGCUGAGCAUGUUGUAUACAAUGCAAUUUCAGAUGUUUCGCAAAAAUACCUUCAGGAAGCUAAUAAAUUAGCAAUGAAGCAAGUACGUAAGUUUGGAAUGUCUAAGAAUAUUGGAAACCUCAGCUUUGACGAGGAGUCAUCCAGUGGACUGUCCUCUCUGAAACCGUUCUGUCAAAAAACGGAAGCCAUCAUGGAAAUAGAAGCCAAUCAACUUUUAUCUUCAGCAUUUUCGCGUUCUGUAAAAAUGUUGGAAGAAAAUAAGGACAACCUGUUAGCACUUAUUGAUGCUCUUUUAAAGAACGAAGUUCUCAGUUACGAUGACCUGACGAAAAUUUUAGGUGAUAACAAACGUUCAACAAAAAUUAAACCUCGUUUAUAA